CUAACGUUGCCGUUGACGGGUUUAAAUCGGAGGGCACGGCUCCGACGGCGUAUCGUUGGGACGCUCUUUGGAUUUCAAGCGGAGUCGAUCAACUCCAAAACAAAAACAAGAAAGCAAAAAAUUACUAAAAUUGCAAUAACGUAAAAUUAGACGCCACUGAAAUCGCAGGAGUGCUUUUAGAAAUCACCGGAAGCACAUCAUCUCUUGUCAUGUCAACUCUGCCGUUGGACUUGUCGUCUUUCUUCUUUUGAGGAGUGCAAGUAAAUACUGAAAUAUGUCCUCAACCCAGGAAGACACUUUAUCCCCGGAUGAGCUAAGGAAGAAGCUCUAUAAAACACUGAGGGAUAGGGGAGUGCUGAAUACACUUAAAACCCAGCUGCGCAACCAACUCAUCCAAGAGUUAAAACCUCCACCUUUAAGCGGAGCAGAACCACCUCUGAGAACAGCCGCCCUGAGAUCAAACUACCUCCUGGUCUCCGCCUGUAACAACAUAGUGGCAGAUUAUCUUCACUGCUCAGGAUACGAGUACUCCUUAUCUGUGUUCUGCCCUGAGAGCGGCCUGUGCAAAGACAAGGUAUUCAAGAAAGGCGAUAUCCUUCAGCUUCUUAAAAUCAGCCCCGAAUCAUCACUGUACAAAUCUCUGUCUUCAAGCAGCAACGAUCCAGGCUUCCUCAUCAACCUUGUGUCCAAUCUCACACAUCAUCAUGCUCCUGGCCUGUCCUGCGAUGCCGACACGCAGACAACCAGCUCUUCAAGUUAUGAACAGUCCCUUGUUGAGAAGAUGAAAAUGAUUGACAAGGAAUACGAGAAUGUGAAUCACAGCGGCGACAAGUCUUUUUCAUUCCAGUCCAAACUGGCUUCCUACAGAAGAGAACUAGAAACCCAGAUGCAAAUUGAAAUGAACACAAAGAUGCAGCAUUUUAAAGACGUGGAGAUAGCCAAGGUUAAGAUGGAGGAAAAAGCGCUUUGCCAGAAGGAGUUGGACAAGCUGAAGCAGGAACUGGAGAAAACCUACGAGAUGAAGGCGAAGGCGUUGAACACCCGUGAGAAAAACGCCAUCGAGAGGUUGCAAAAGCAGCAAGAGAUUGAGGAAAAAGACAUCUACAUGCAGAGGCAAAUGGUGCUGAAGGAAAUCGAAACGCUGCGGGACAGAGAGAAUGAGCUGCGGAUGCGAAUGGAGGCAUUUCAAAAGAGCUGUGAAAUACACGAAGACAAGGUGAAGACCGGCGACGAGCUGAUGAGGAGGAGAGAACUAGCAGUGAAGACGAUGGAGGACACGUAUGACCAGAGGCUAAAAAGUGACAUCUCUUGGUAUCAGCUGCAGCUAAAGGAGGAUUACCUGAAGAGAACAGAGGAACUAACAGCGAGCGAGAGCCGCAACAAAGAGGAAACCAAACACAUCCAAAACGAGUCUGCCGCAAUGAAGCUAAAAUCGGAGGAGCACAGUAAAGCCUGCUCGGAGCUGAAGCGACUCCAGGUGGAGCUGGAGGCGGCGCAGCAGCAAAGCUCUCUGCUCAGUCAACAGAAUGACUUGCUGAGGGAACGAAUGGACGGUAUGAGCGACUUUGCCAGUUUGAAGCAAGAUAAAGCGCUUUUGCAGGGGCAGGUGCAGCUUCUUAAAACACAGCUGGAGGAGGCGCAGGAGGAGAAACAGCGUCUCUGUGCAGACUUGGACAAGCCAUCCACAGAGCAGCUGGCCUUGCAGGCAGAGCUCCAGAAGCUCCAGAGAGCUCGCAAAGUGGACGAAGAAGAGUUUGCAAACCAGAAGCGGGUCCUGCAGACACAGCUCCAGAUGGAGGUGGAGCGAUGCGGCGAGCUCAAGACGCAGCUGAUGGAAUGCGAGGAGAAGUUACAGUGGAUGACCGCUCACGUCGAGGACCUCAAGGUUCAGAUCCGCCAAACUCAACAAGCUCUUGAAAACGAAGUGUUGCGUAACCCCAAGCCGUCUCUGGUCGAUCGCUCGGUGUUGAAUUUCAGCGGCGACAAGCUGGUCCCCCCCGAUAUCUACGUUGACCGAGCGUCGCUCAGGCCCCAGGCGGCCUACGAUCAAAUAAGAGACGUGGGCGCGCACGCGCAAGGUGACAAAUUCCACUGGACCGACUCCAGCUCUGACUUGGAGAUGCUCGCUGAAACCAACGCUCGCAUCCAGCAGCUGGCGAGGGAGGCUGAGGCUUUGGACGAAGCUUGCAGGAAGUACCAGCAGGGGGCGGCGCGCACCAACUUCUCAACCGCUCGUCCUCCAAAGCCCCUGCGUCGGGUGGACUCUCCUCUGCUGACACAAGCGUCCGACCUCUUCCUUCCUUACACUGACCGCCAAUCAAAGACCAUACUAAGAUCUCGCUCUCCCAAAAAAAAUCGCCGCUCCUCCGCGGCAACUUACGACACCAGAAACGCCUUUGCAGCGACUCAGCACAGAGUAACCUUCUCCCAAGACCAAAACCACAAUUCCUCCGGUCUUCUCUCAGCGGCCAGCAGCCUAUCAUCUGCUGAGCCUCAGUCUGCAAGAGAUGACCUCCCCCAGGACAGACACUCGUUCAGACGUCUGUCCUCCUCCCCCCCCAGCAGCAGAACGCCUCAUCAAGAUGCGGCAGAAGAGGUCCUCCUGUCCCCCUUGUUCCGGGACUUGUCACACGACAGCCGCCUUCACUCUGCCCCCCGAGACCAGGCAUCCAGCUCAUGCGAACUCUCCCCCGAGCCGAGCCCCCCACGCAGUCCUCAGCUCCAGAGCACAGCGCGGGACCCACGCAGUGCUCCAAAUCCACCUUGCGUCUCCGCCAGCUCGCAGUCGUCCCCGCAGCCGGAGAGAAUAAGCGUGGAGGAUCUCGCGGGGAUCUCGCCAGAACCCGGCCACAUUCCAGAGCUUCUCUUGGACACUGCCAUCCCUCUCUCCGAGGAGGCCCCCGGCGGCCCCUCUGUCCGCCGCCUACAGGCUCCCCGGGACCUCCCAGAAGACCCGACGAACUCCCAGGGCCAGGCGGAAGCUCCCCAAAUCUCGGAGGAAGAGGAUAAGGAGCAGCGAUGGGAAAGGGAGAGAAGAGAAAAGCAAGAGCUGAGGCGACGGGAACAAGAGGAGGCCCGAGAGCGAGAACAACAGGAAGCAGAACGACUGGAGAAAGAGACGGUAAAUAACACAUUUUUUUGUCUUGUUUGUAAAGCAUCAUCAUCAUCAUCAUCACUGACUUGGACUGCGUGUCUGCCUACUCAGCUCCUACAACAACAACAACAACAGGAAGAGGAGCAGGAGAACCAGGACAGAGGAGAUGAGGACGAAAUCCCGAAUGAAAAUCCUUUAGAGAAAUACAUGAAGAUGGUUUUGGAAGCACGAGAGAAGCAGCAUGAUAAAAGCUCCGGAGAAGGAGAAGAACACGCAAGCCCAGAGGUCAAAAGUUUGUCUGAUGAGAAAGAUAAUAGCAUUGCGGCGUAUUCCCACAAGGAUGAAGAUGCCGAUGACGAUUUCUGGUGAACCGGUUCAUAUUAACACUGGUGAUAUUUUUAUAUAUUGCUCUAUAUUGUUUGGAUGAAUAAAUUACCAACAAGA